AUGCUCCAUAGAUCUCAGUACGAAACACUCUUAGGAUCAAGUAACAAUAACUUUAAGGUAUCAGUAUCAUCUGUAAAUCCAAAAGGCUGUGCCAGAGAAGGAACUUUUACCCUUUGUGUUGGUUCACACAAAAAUUUUAAGAAGAAUGUUCAGGAAUUUAAGGCAGGUGAAAGACUCAACAAGGCCGAAUAUAACUUCAACUAUACAAAUCCCCAUAAUUCAUCCAUUGUAAUUGCCCUCUAUAAUCGUAGAUCAUUUUGGGCAGAAGAUCAAGAAAUUGGAAGGACUGAAAUUCCUCUAGAUAACUUUGAUGCCAAUUCACCAUGCACUCGUGAAGUUCAGCUUGGCAAAAAUGGCCCAAGUGUUAUUGUUCAUGCUCAAAGGACAGAAAAUUUCUAA